GUAAACAUUUCAAGAUGACAUUAGGCGCUUGUUAUUAUUUUUAGAUAAAAAAUGAUUUAGUUUUUAAGAGUUUUCUAAAUGAACUUUACAAAAUUGAGUUACGAAUUGUAUUCAAAAACAAUUGACUGAAACUUUGUGAUAAUCAACACGAUGUGAAUUAACUAGUUUUUAUUUAAAUUCCUACAUUAAGUAUACUUUUAUUAGAAUUUCUUAAAAUGCUAGGGAAUCUCUUUUUUCCUUCUUCCCGGGCUUUCGAUUGAAUAAUUGACGUGUUCGUGGGUAAUGGGUACGCAUGCGUCGUCAGAUCAGCGAGAAGUGAGCUACGAUAUUGCCUCAAAGUCUGCACUGCGAGAACAGCAGUCUAGAAUAGCUGUCGUCGCCGCAGGGAUCAGUCGACUCCUAGUGAAUCACUUCAUAGUGCAUUUUCGAUCAAGUUUGCAUAGAAUACUUCUUGCUUGCCGAAAGAAAAGUCACGGAGCCUUCUUUACUAAGUUAGCAUGCAUCGUGGCCAGCUGAAUGGCAGUUCAUACUCUGCCUUGGGCAAGGUGUACAAUGACACAACUCUUCCUAACAAUAAGGGGGGUUAUAAGAAAAUUCUUCACUUUGGUGGAUCUGCAAAGAAGAAGUUAGGACCAUUAUUCUAUAGAAAGAAUUGUGAAAUGAGCGAACCAUUAACCGAAAAUCCUAUCUUGGACCUGGAGAACAAUCACUUGAAGAUGCCUUCUCUUAACGCUGAAGAAACUGCUCUACUCAGCAUGGACGACAUUGAGCUGAAGAACAUUCAGCUGCAGUUCCCUAACGCGCGUCGCUUCAGCGGCGAGGGCGGGUGCGUCGAGGUGCGCGUGCGCACCGACCGCGGCGACAUUCUCGUGGCGGUGCAGGGCGACCGCAACAAGCCCGCUAUCAUCACCUACCAUGACAUCGGGAUGAACUACGUCUGUUUCCAAACUUUCUUUAACUACGUUGAUAUGCGCGCGCUGCUUGAGAACUUUUGCGUGUACCACAUAAAUGCACCGGGCCAAGAGGAGGGCGCGCCUUCCCUGCCUGAGGAUUACCUCUACCCAACAAUGGAUGAGUUGGCGAACCAGAUUAACUACGUGCUGGGCCACUUCGGCAUCAAGACUUUCAUCGCCUUCGGCGUCGGCGCAGGCGCGAACAUCCUCGCUAGAUUCGCCCUCGUUCACCCGCAAAAGGUGGAUGCUUUGACCCUGAUCAACUGCACUUCAAGCCAGGCCGGGUGGAUUGAGUGGGCCUACCAGAAGAUGAACUCCCGCUCGCUGCGCGCCCGCGGCAUGACCCAGGGCGUUCUGGAUUACCUCAUGUGGCAUCACUUCGGCAGGUUCGCUGAGGAGCGCAACCAUGAUCUGGCGCAGUUGUACCGUGGCUACUUCACCCGCCACGUGAACCCGACCAACUUGUCUUUGCUGAUGGACUCGUAUGUGCGCCGCACUGAUCUCAGCAUCUCCCGCGAGGGUCACACCAUUCGUGCCCCUGUGCUCAACAUCACUGGCGCUCUGUCUCCGCAUGUGGAUGAUACUGUCACUUUCAAUGGGCGCCUCCAGCCUGCUAACUCAACUUGGAUGAAGAUCUCUGAUUCUGGCAUGGUGCUUGAGGAGCAACCGGCCAAGAUUUCUGAAGCUUUCCGCCUCUUCCUGCAAGGCGAGGGGUACGUGGCGCCACUGUCUCCCACGAAGAUCGUUGCGUUCCGCCGACUGUCGGAGGACGCAGGCCGGCGCCGUUGCCGCCACUCGCCCGUCAUCCGCAUCACCGAGAACCCUAUCUCGGAGGCAGUGGUCUGCUAAAUGCCAUCAUCAACUAAACCCCCCUUUCCACACGCUCCCCCCUCGGCUGUCGCGCCCCGAUGUGCGAUCGUGGAACUUUAUCAUCGAUGUCUAUCAUAUAUUCCCCGCUAAUUUAGAAUCGCGCAAUUCGCGCUGUAAAACCCUCGUAGGCUACCGCUACUACAUAAACUUCCACGUACGCUCAUCAAUUGAAUGGUGUCUGAUAUCGAAUGUUUUAUACGCAUUCGGUUACAGACGUAGUGUACAUAUCGAGGCAAAAGCCUUCUAGAAUGAAUGUGUUAUCAUCAAAGAUGUAAGGGUAGACGCGCGACGGACGACCCCCAGCUUCACUUCGUAAAAGGGAGUCCCUAUAUUUAUGUAAUGUCAAUGUAAAACUAUAAGAAAAUUUUAUUAGAUACACACCAAAUUAUAACAUUACACGUUACAAUGCAUUUAUUAUUCAUUAUUCUGAUAGGUUUACAUGUUUUAUUAUUUACGUAAAACGAAGGUAUAAAUGGGAAUUUCAGAGGCUAUUUUAUAAGCACUGUCUAAGUAGUGACUGCUUUAAGGUGCGAAAUAUACUUAGAUGGGAACGCAAUCUUUAGGAUACGCUAUCGAUAUUAGUACUAAAAUCUUUUGGAAAUAUCUGACUUUAAUGUAGCACGAAGUUAAUAGUAAUAAAAUGAGAAUGUAACACGGAGAGCUGGAUUAUCUAAAGCCUGUUACAGACGCCUUCUGACAGUUUUAACUGAAGAGUCGAACUGUUCAGUUGACACUAAGAACUGAACGUAUGUAGCUGGCUUAAGUCGCAGGGUGCUAUGCUAAGACCAAGUAUUUGAGAUGAAAUAACGAUUGUUUUAAAAACUAAUUGCUAUUUUUCAAAUGCUUUUUAAUUUAAGUUACGUAUCGAAUUGCAAUUUUUUUAAGUAUGAUGAAUUUUUGUACAAGCGUAAAAUUCUUGCCUAUGUUACUUUGUUCCUGUUUAUUGUAAAAGUAAUUCAUGAAUCAAAUAGAACAAAUAAACGAUAACAACGCCUUAGUUUUUACUAUUUUUUAAUUAUGGGUCAACAUUAUACUCAAUAUUGAAUCAAAGUUUUUGAUAUAUUUUUUAUAUUUAUUUAAUUUUUAUUGUAAACAGUACAGUUUUUGAUGGAUUUUAUUUUUUCUUUGUCAAAUGUUUGUAUAUGUCACGCUAUUUGUAUGGAGUGGACAGAACACGUUGAGGGAAUUUCGUUCUUAGUGAAAAAGUAUUAGAUUGUAGUGAUAAUGAUAGAUUUUAAAGAUAUUUGUUUGACGUAUUAACUAUUCAUAGUAACACUUCCGAUGUAAGCUGACGUCAAGCAUUUAACUUACCGCAUACUAUCGCUUCGUAGAAGUACAAUUUAAAAUUUUACGUAGUAAUUUCGUAGAAUCUGAAAACCCAUCAAAGCUAAAAUGUUUAAUUUGAAAGUAUUGCGAUUAUUUGUGUGAUUUUAUUAUGAGUAUUAAAUGGUGGUUUUCUAAUA